AUGACUAUUACAACAUCCGCAUUACCUAAGAAAAUAAAUUAUAAAAAUGUAAGUAAUGAUUUUAAAAUAUCCAAAAAAUCAUCGACAGUCAACUACCUAACUAUUGGUUACAAGAUCCUUGUCUCUAAUUCAACUAAACCAGAUAACAGAACCAAUGAGAAAAUACUUACAGGGAAUACGAAUACAACCAGGGCAGUUAAUUCUUUAGAUAAAUUACCUAAUCGUACAGCGAAUAAUAGCAAGACAAAUAACGUUACAGUCAAGCCUGGUAAUGUAUCAUUAACAACGGACAACACAAGAGCGGAGAAAUCAAGCAAUGGGUCCACCAGCGACAUGAAACGUAAUGUAACGUUGUACGUAACUUCUGCUGAUCUCACCAAAGGGCGCUUGGGGAACCAGAUGUUCACGUAUGCCUCUUUACUAGGCAUUGCUCGAGCUCAAAAUCGGAGAUUUGUUGUUUCGCCUGGAUCUGAUCUUCAGAACACAUUUAAGCUGCUUCAUGUGGCUCAGAUGCAAGACUCUGGCGGAUGGCAAGUUGUACGGGAAAAGCAUGCCUACGCUUUUGACACCAGAUUGUUGAAUUUAACCAAAGAGAAUAUCAGCAUUGGUGGAUACCUUCAGUCCUACAAAUAUUUCAAAGAUUACGCCGAUGAAGUGAGGCAGGAGUUUCUGUUUUCUGACUCAAUUGCUAACGAAGCAUAUUUAAUUGUUCACAACCUAAUUUCUGAACGAAAAGGCAACUUGUUUGUAGGAGUACACAUACGAAGAGGGGAUUUCCUAAAUGGUGGUAAUCCCAAAUUGGGUUAUGGAGUCCCAGAAAAGUCUUAUUUCUUAAAGGCAUUCAAAUGGAUGCAAUCCAAGUUUCCGAAUAGAAAUAUUACGUAUUUAGUUGCUAGCGAUGAUCUUAAUUGGUGCAAUGACAAUUUGAAAAGUGAUAAUGUGUUAGCAUUACCUAAUGCACCCCCAGCUAUUCACAUGGCCAUUUUGUCCUCUUGUGAUCACGUGAUAAUGUCGGGUGGAACUUAUGGGUGGUGGAGUUCGUUUUUGGCAGGUGGGUACGUUGUUUACUUCAAAGGGUUCAUGUCAAAGGGAACAACAUUUGGCGAUUCAUUUAAUCCAGAAACGUAUUAUCCCCCGCUUUGGGUUGGAAUGGAAAACUAG